GAUAACUAAAAUUUAAAUUAACAAUAUGGACCAUAUUAAACAUAAACAUCAAACAGAACCAGAAGUGACAAUUAAAAAUGAAAUCGACGAAACUGAUUCAAAUAAACAAAAAAUUAAAAUUGAGGACACAUUACUUGGGGAAUUGAUUAAAUUUGAACAUGAAUUACAUACAGAAGUAUUUAUUAAAGAAGAAAUAUUAGAUGAAAAUGAUAUAAGUACACAAAAGCAAACAGAGAAAGAAUUAUCUUGUGAUAUUAGUGAGAAACGAAUUAAAUACGAAAAACAGUUACACACACAAGUAAAAGAUGAACAUCCAGAAAAUCAAACCAAAGAAACAUUCGAUUGCUUUAAUAAUGACGAAUGCAUUAAAAAUAUAGAAAAUAAAUUUGCGAAUAAUAAAUUAAUUAAGCAUAAAAGCAUUAAUUCAGAAGAAAAACCUCACAAACGAACACAUACUGGGGAUUUAACUUAUUCCUGUGAUGUAUGUGAUAAAACAUUUAACCAGAACGUUAAUUUAGUUCGCCAUAAACGAAUACAUACCGGAGAAAAACCUUAUUCAUGCGAAAUUUGCGAUAAACAAUUUAAUCAAAAGAGUAGUUUAGUUACCCAUAAACGAAUACAUAAUGGAGAAAAACCGUAUUCAUGUGACGUCUGUGGUAAAACAUUUAACCAGCCUGGUGUUUUAAUUUGCCAUAAACGAAUACAUACUGGAGAGAAACCUUUUUCAUGUGACGCCUGUGGUAAAGCAUUUAGUCACAAAAAUAGUUUAGAUUUACAUAAACGAAAACAUACUGGGGAGAAACCUUAUUCGUGUGAUUUAUGUGAUAAAACAUUUAAGCAGCUUAAUGUUUUACUUUACCAUAAACGAAUUCACACUGGAGAGAAACCUUUUGCAUGUGACGUUUGUGAUAAAACUUUUAACAACCAUUAUAGUUUACACGUCCAUAAACGUACACAUACUGGUGAAAAACCGUAUUCAUGCGAUUUUUGUAAUAAAGCAUUUAACAGUUAUUAUAGUUUACGUAUCCAUAAACGAACGCAUACUGGUGAAAAACCUUAUUCAUGCGAGGUUUGUGAUAAAACAUUUAACAAUCAUUAUAGUUUACACGUUCACAAACGAACACAUACUGGCGAAAAACCUUAUUCAUGUGAGGUAUGUAAUAAAAAAUUUAGUCUGCAAAGAACCUUAGUACUCCAUAAAAGAAUACAUACUGGAGAAAAACCUUACGCGUGUGAUUUUUGUGAUAAAACUUUUAACAACCAUAAUAGUUUUCGUAUCCAUAAACGAACACAUACGGGAGAAAAACCUUAUUCGUGCGAGGUAUGUGAUAAAAUAUUCAGCCAUCGAAGUAGCUUAGUUCGUCAUAAACGAAUACAUACUGAAUAGAAAUCUUAUUCGUGGGGGCAUUUGUGUUAAAACAUUUAAGAGAUAACUUAAGUUUACUUCGUCAUAAUUGAAUUAAUAAUGAAGGAAAUCAUUAUUCAUGCAGCGUACGUGAAAAUUAUUUACUGCAAAUUGCAGUUUAAUUAGACAUAUAAGCACGAGUUCAUUCACAAGAGAAAACUUGUGCACCGGGCUGCCAAUAGGAGCAGACAUCAAUAAAAGGUAUAAAUUCAAAUUGUGAGGAUUGAUUA